AUGGCGGAAGAGAGUGGCGAAGAGUACCUGUUCAAGAUAGUGGUGAUCGGCGAUUCCGCUGUGGGGAAAUCGAAUUUGCUGUCGCGGUUUACUCGAGACGAGUUCGACCACAACUCCAAGGCCACGAUCGGAGUGGAGUUUCAGACGCAGGUGCUGGAGGUCGACGGCAAGGAGGUCAAAGCGCAGGUCUGGGAUACCGCCGGCCAGGAGCGAUUCCGCGCUGUCACCUCCGCCUAUUACCGCGGCGCCGUCGGAGCUCUCGUCGUCUACGAUAUUACUCGGAGGAUUACUCCCGAUAGCAUCAGGCGUUGGCUUGAUGAGCUCAAUAGUAAUAUCUCUUUCUCUCUCUUCUAA